CUCUUCUCUAGGAGCCGUGUGAGACGCCAUGGCGCAAGCACUUGCCUCCCCAGGGCUGUUCUCUGAUGAUGAUGUUGCAGCAUCCCCUGUUCUUGAAUCCACAGCAGCAGGGUUUGGGGCUGAUGUGCGUAAGGACCUGCUGUCGGAGUUCUCUGCCAUCUCUCCAAAUCUGGAGGGCUCCCAGCAGGCUGUAGCUGAAGACAAUAAUGGAAAAUUAAAGGUGUAUCUGAGAGUUCGACCUCUGAAAUCUACAGAAGUGGAAAAAGGGGAAGACCAGGGCUGUGUCUGCAUUGAGAAUUCAGAGACCCUUCUUCUAAGAGCCCCUAAGGACUCCUUCACCAUGCGGAGCACAGAACGUGGAGUGGGACAAGCAGCGCAUAGAUUCUCUUUCACCCAGAUCUUUGGACCAGAUGUGGGGCAGAAAUCGUUCUUUGAUGAGACAAUGAAGCAGGUGGUAAAAGAUGUGCUGAAUGGGCAGAACUGGCUGGUUUACACCUACGGCAUCACCAAUUCAGGGAAGACUCACACUAUUCAGGGCAGCAAUAAAGAUGGGGGGAUCCUGCCUCGCUCCUUAGCAGUCAUCUUCAACAGUGUGGGGGACCGGCUGUACCCAGCCAUGGAUCUGAAGCCGUUCCUCUCCAGUGAGGUGAUCUGGCUGGACAGCAGGCAGGUGCGACAGGAGGAGACCAGGAAGCAGACCGUGCUGCGGGGUGGUUUGUGGGAGGAGGAGUUGUUAACGCCACUGAAGAGGAGUCAUAGUGCCGAAUCUCAGCUCCAGGCCACCACCAGUGGCAGUUUUGACAGUGGAGUUGCUGGCCUCUCUUCAUCUAGCCAACUCACCAACCAUUCAGACAUCAGCCAGACAGAAGAACUGGGCCCUCGCUGGGCUGACUUGGAUCGCAUUUCACUCACCAAUGCAGGAGAUGUGCAGUUCUCCAUCUGGGUCUCCUUCUUUGAGAUUUACAAUGAGCUAAUCUAUGACUUGUUAGAACCAGCUUUACCUGGCCAGAACCGCAAGAGGCAGACACUGCGGCUCUGUGAAGACCAGACUGGCAACCCCUAUGUGAAAGAUCUGAACUGGAUCAAUGUCCGUGACGCUGAUGAAGCCUGGAAGCUUCUGAAACUGGGUCGGAAAAACCAGAGUUUUGCUAGCACCCACAUGAACCAGAACUCCAGUCGCAGUCACAGCGUCUUCUCCAUUCGGAUUCUGCACUUGCAAAAAGGUGGCAGCGAGAUUGUUCCAAAAAUCAGCGAGUUAUCCCUGUGUGACCUUGCGGGGUCAGAGCGCUGCAAAGACCAGAAAAGCGGGGACCGAAUGAAAGAAGCAAACAACAUCAAUACCUCCCUCCACACACUGGGUCGCUGCAUUGCUGCCCUGCGCCAGAACCAGCAGUCCAAGCUGAAGCAGACUGUAGUUCCCUUCCGGGACAGCAAGCUAACCCGUGUGUUCCAAGGUUUCUUCACUGGACGUGGGUGUUCUUGCAUGAUUGUCAACAUUAAUCAGUGUGCAUCUACGUAUGAUGAAACUCUGUAUGUAGCCAAGUUCUCAGCCAUUGCCAGCCAGCUUGUCCAGGCGCCUCCCACAAAGCUGGGACUUCCAUCCAUACAAUCAAUCAUCAAAGAGCACAAUCGGCGAACCAGCCAGGGUCCAGAGGCAGAGGCAAAAGAAGUGGAAUUGGAAGAAGACAGUGAGGAUGAAACAGAUGUCUCCGUGUAUGAGAAGGAGGACUUGUUGCGUGUAGUGGAAGCUGCACGAGAACUGCUGGUGCAAGAACGGCAGGAGAAGCUGCAACUAGAAAUACGCCUCCGUGAGGAGAUGUGGAAUGAGAUGCUGGAGCACAUACAAAAGAAGGAACAACGGUGCAGCCAACAUAUAGAUGCUCAGAAGGAGCUGCUGGAGGAACUGUAUGAGGAUAAACUGAAUCACCUGAAGGAGUCACUGACCGACUAUUACCAGGAGGAGAUUCAGGAGCGUGAUGAGAAGAUUGAGGAGCUCCAAGCUGCUCUGGAGGAGGCAAAACAGAAAUUGGAGAGCCUGGAUACUAAGCAAAAGGACUCGGGGCAAGGCUUGCGUCGAUCAAAGCGAGUGGCUAACUCAUGCACUCUACAACAGGAGCUGGUAGAUACUAAAGCCAAACUGGAGCAAUGUCAAAUGGAGUUAAAUACCGCAACAGCAGAAUUGCGCAAGUACCAGAAAUUACUGGAGCCACCUCCCUCUGCCAAACCCAUUACUGUGGAUGUAGACAGGAAGCUGGAAGACGGACAGAAGAAUGUCAGAUUGUUGCGUUCAGAAUUACAAAAACUUGGGGAGUCUCUUCAGUCUGCAGAGAGGGCGUGCUGCCACAGUACAAGUGCAGGGAAACUUCGAGAAACCCUCUGUACAUGUGACGACAUUCUGGCCAGACAGGACCAAACACUGGCAGAACUGCAGAACAACAUGAUGCUGGUAAAACUAGACCUGCGGAAGAAAGCAGCUUGUAUUGCUGAACAGUACCACACCGUGCAGAAGCUCCAGGCUCCUCCAACAUCGACCUUAAAGAAACGGUUCUGUGCCAACAGGGAAAAUGUACAACCAAAUCAGCCUCCUGGUAAAAAGCCCUUCCUGCAUAAUCUUCUGUCACGUUCAGCUACACGUCCUGCUGCUGGCAGAGGGUGGCAACUUCGUUCAGUUGCCCUAUGACUUUUCACAAAGAG